UCAAAUCGAAGCUCACACCCACAAGACACACACCUGAUUGAUUGAUUCCUUUCCCUCGUAAGCACAUUGUUUGGGAUAUUUCAAAUUUGAAGAAAAAAAACCAAAGAAAAGAAGACUCAGACCCACCACCUCUCUCUCUCUCUUUCUCGGGAAAAUCUCUGUAGGUUCCUCCAUCGCUGUUCCUCCUUGAAUUGCCACCAAUAAAAAUUCAAAUUUAUAAUUUGAUACCAACACCACUCUUCAUAAUUGAAACAAAGCCACCACCUACAUACAGUACAUUUCUUAGCUCUGGAGUCUCUAUCGAGUAGCAAUGGGUUGUCUCUUCCCUUGCUUCCGUGCCAGAGCCGCCCAAUCUACUACUAACAGCCCCGUCUCUCAAAGAGGUCAUGAAUCAAAGAAGAAUCGUUUGUCAGAUUUGUUUCUCUCUGAAGAAGAGAAAGCACCUCCUUCGCCUUGUCUUCAUAUGGACAAAGAUCUCAAUGAUGAGGCUCAGUUUCUUAAAGCUAGCGGCACAACACCAGCCACACCGGUUAAAAUUAAGAAAGCACCCGAAAACCUGGAAACUCCUCAACGUGGAAAACAGUUUACAUCGUCCCAGUUUGAUUCUUGGAUCUCCAGUAACUCUGAUGCAGUGAUUCACUUGGAUGAGAAAACACCUGAACCCUGUGGAGAAGAGGUUUCAGAGCAAACUCCUAGCAGUUGCAUAACUGAUUCCCAAAACAGUGCAAAGAUCUCCACUGGGAAUAGCGAUGCUGGUGAAGAAAGCCAAGGAAGCAUUGGUACUGCUUUCAGGGAUGGGGUGGAUAGAACUAUCAAGGUGCCACUUAGAGCUGAAAACAUCACGGGAAAAAUAAAGUCAGUUCGGUUUGAAUGUGAUUUUGAUCAGUCUUACUCUUCUCGUUCUUCCAAGAACACCAAUUCAAAGAUACCUGAGAAGGCUGGAGAAAGUACUCUCUCAGUAACUUGUGAGGGAAAGUUGGAAGACAGCUCAGCUAGUGUUUCUCCUUGGGUGAAGCAAAGUGAAGAGAAGAGUAACAAUAACAUAUCUACUAUAACCUCUAGGGACAGGCCUAUUAUCGGAAUGGUUGCAGCUCACUGGAAUGAGAAAGAGCAAUCACAAAUCUCACCCAAAUGGUGGGAUGGUAAUGGGAUACCAAACUCUACAAACAAGUACAAAGAGGACCAGAAGGUGAGUUGGCACGCAACACCUUUUGAGGAGAGACUGGAGAAAGCACUUUCAGAAGAAGGUGGCCAAGGUUUCAUCUCUUCAAGAAAACUUGAAGUAAUGGAAGAUAAAGAAAGGGACACAGCUAUAUCACAGCUGCAUCAUUCAGCGCAAUCAACGUCAAUCGUUUCUUUUUGAACAACGUGUGAUCCUGAAACAAAGCAAAGGAAAACCCACAUCAAGCCCUCAAGUCAAGUAAUCUCUUGCCAUUUCGGUUGUGGUGGUGUCGUCUCUCUACUUGGCAGAGUUUUGUUUAGACAAAAAAAAGCUCUUUAAUGGGUCCAUAUACUUUUGCUCAUUUGAUAUGUUGUGCCAACCCUGUGGUCCACACUUACAAACUUAUCAUUUGUUAUAUAAGCUGCAAGAAACCAUCACACAAGCAUAUGUAGAUAUUUGUCAGAAUAUGGAUCGAUUGGUGUAUGUAGGAAAAAUAGAUAAAAAAAUGCAAUGACAUUUAGCUAUAUACUUCAUUUGUUUCUGAAAAAGUGUCAUUUUAUCAUUUUUUGUUACAUAAAAAAUAUCAUUUUAGAAUUCCAAUAUAUUAUAUACUUAUUUUUAGCUGAAUACUAAUUGUAAAAUGCAUUUAUCUAAAAAAUAAAUUUAUUUAUCUUAAA